AUGUGGCGUCUCAAAGCCUUGGGUGCGCCGAAGGUGCUGCUUUUGGCAGUGCUGCUGACAAUUUGGACGGAGAUUCCUACGCAGAGCUGGCAGGAUGAAACUUCCUUCAGCUUUGUGGAAGUGUUUGCUGGCCAGGCAGAGGUUACUCGCAUGUUUCGGCUUACCAACCUUCCAGCAGCUAGAUUAGAUUUGAUCUACAUGGAUGCUGAACCUGGCCGGCAAAACCCUAUGAACUUAUUGUCUGAUGCUGGAAUGGGGACUGCUUUGGCAGCAAUGCUCCGGGGCAACAUUGAUGAAGGUUGGCUCACACAUUUCGGUCUGAAAUGUAGUUCCAAUACUGCAGUGAAUGCAGGGACCUCUUCUAGAUCAGUAUGCAGCUCCAUUGGCAAUACGGACUUUCAGAGUGUUCGGGAUUCAAACUGUUUGGGAAGCCGGACGAUUCUUCUGAUGAUGGUGGCAAUUUGCCUCAAUGCCUGCAUAAUGCUUGAGCAACCUUUUUCAAGCUUCUUUGAGUACUAUCCAAGAUGGAGAGACUUCAUGCGAAUGCUGCAAUACCAUGGGGGAUUGGGAGCUGUUCACAAAACAUCAUGGUUCAUGUACCACUACGGCCACGAGACACCGAAACGCAUGUACGCAUUUGCGAAUAGUCGACAUGUUGGACAGCUAAACCAAGGCCAAUUACUUGGGUGGAGUCAGAAAAAGCAAGUCCUGAAAGACAAGGGUAAGUCCAAAGAGUUGGUGGUGAGAUACCAGGAUGCCAAUGGAAAACAGCGAUGGAAGGGCAGUAGUCAGCUACGUAGUUCUGAGUGCUAUCCGCCAAAGUUUGGACUCAAGAUGGUGGAAAUCUUUCACGCCAUGAUCAAUGAGAAGAGUGGAAUGCCGCAGCUUCCACAACAAGUACCACCAGCUGAGACAACAUUUUCCAGCCUAGACUAUGAUGAUGUGUGGUCAGAAGCCGGGAUGAUAUCGGUAUGUAAAUACCUUCGGGGAGGGGUCCACUUAAGGAUACCACCAACCUUUCGAGAUCUCUUGCCCAGAAGGCUUUGA